ACUAAUUUUAGUUGAUCCAUAAACUUUAGAGAACAAACAAUAAGUUAAUUCUAUAUAAUUUAUAUAAAAUGAAAUUCCAUUUAGCAUUUCUAGUAAUAUCGACAAUUUUAAUUAUAAACAUUCAAAAUCUCAAUGCCCAAGAUUCUGAAGUUCCUGAUUUUGACGAUGUCAUAACUGAAUCAAAAAGCAAUGACAAUGUGAUUAAAGGAAAUAAUAUUCACAAUCAAACUCAAAUUAAUGGCAAGACUAUUACAACACCUAGUCCUACAAGUUCGAGUGGCAAUAUUGUGUUUAUCGGAUACUUUUUAAAUGGUUAUAUUUUUGUUCAAUCUUUGUUUAUUUUAAGGAGAAUAUGUAAUAGUUUUGAAAUUUUAAAAUAAUAAAAAUUUGCAAUAAGUUUUUUUAUA